CUUUUGGUAGACUCAGAAGAAAAGACCAAGAAAUGAGGCGAAGAUGACGUAAAGGGGAAAAUAAAUGGUGGCGAAAACAAGAACUUGAAAAAGCAUUUUGUUUUCUUUGAUUAUGUAGCCCCAAAGAGUCAUGUGGAGGUGGAUAUGUGGGAUUCCACGAGCGUUACGGCAGAACCUUCAUAACCCGCGAUUCUCCACUACCGCGUGUUUAGAGGAAGAAAAAAAGACCAACCAUGCCAGAUUCUGCCACACAACCAGGCAGAGUAAUUUUCACGGCCAGCAGAAAGAUGAUCAGAGAGGGUACGAUGAGUGGUGGAACAACAAACCGGGGUGGAACAGUUUGUCUCCAUCUGAUACCUUAGGGGUCCUGGGAUUGGGUGCGAUUGUGUAUCUUAGCCUGCAGAUAUCACGAUGUCACCAAAAAGUCUCAGAGAGACAGGAAAAGCCUGUAUGUGCCAGGAACUGCCUUAUCUCUCAGAUAUCCCAGGUUGUGUUUUGUCAUCCCACCACAGUCAGGAGAUUGGGGGAGCAGAGAGGGGAGAUCCAGGACAGUGGAAAGGCCCCAGUAGAAUGGAAAACAAAAGAAGACCCAUUAACAAAGGUGAUGGCUGAAUUUGAAAAUGUGGUUCAAAAAUAUGUGGCCAUAGCUAAAACCAUUCAAGCCCAGCGCAAGGCCAGGAAAGGGGAGAUGACUGAUGCAGUCAGCAUGUGGAAAGAGGCCAGCGAGAUGGGAUACUCUAGAUCACAGUUCAAUCUGGGCCUCAGCUACGAAACAGGUCAAGGAGUGAAAAAAGAUGCUAGGAAGGCUGCCAAGUAUUACAAGAUGGCCGCGGCUGAGAACCACACCCAGGCCAUGUACAACUUGGCCCUGAUGUACGGCGAAGGAGAGGGAGUAAAACAGGACACAGGCAAAGCCAUCGAUCUGAUGGAGAGGGCUGCCGAGCAGGGACUAGCCCAGGCUCAGACAUAUCUUGGAGUACAUUACACAGAAACUGAAAGUCAGGACUACAACAAGGCGGCGUCAAUGUUCAGUGAGGCUGCAAAACAAGAGAAUCCUGAGGCGCAGUACUUCCUUGGAAUUUGCUACGAGCAGGGAUUGGGUGUAGAAGUCAACGAGUGUAAGGCAGCCCACCUAUACUCCCAGGCUGCCCAGUCUGGGCAUGACGGAGCGCUGUACAAUCUGGCCGUGUUUCACGAGUACGGCAUUGGAGGUUUACCAGAAGAUUCCAUCUCAGCAGAGGAGCUCUACAGGAAAUCUGCCCAACUUGGUAAUAAAAUGGCCGAGGAUAAAGUAAUGGAGAUUGAAGCCAAGAAAGUUGUGAAGCCAUGGAAGGGAGACUAUCCACCCUGCAGAAUGGAUGAAUUUUUACAUGAUUUAGAUCGAUUUUCUGGAAGCAAUGAGGAAAAAGCAGAAUCUCAAGCAAAAGAAAUUCCAAGACAAUACUCUCAAAGAGAAGAGAUGACAGAGCUAAAGGGAGACGACUCCAGGAGUUCUCUCCACUUGUCCUCCUCUUCUCCCUCUUUGACGGAGUAUGUCCGCCAACACCUGUCUCAUCUACAGAUUGGAGCGGGUCCUGUCUUAGGCCUUCCAUCUCCUCUCUCUGCUCAGGACUUAGCAGCAGGGGCUUGGAAUCCACAAUAUGGUAGCCCCAAGCUUACCUCACCCUCUCCCCCCAGCUCCUCAGUGGUCUUCACCCUCGGGGAUGUGGAUGAGGAGCUGUUGGCUGUGAACAGUCUGAACCUCACAUCCACUCCGACUGACAUCCAGUUCCAGUUUUUGGAGAGAAACAGUCAUCAUUUCUGCUCAAUGAUACAGAGGACCUCCACCACACCUGAUCUACAGAGUCAAGUUGUUUCCUGUCUUUGAUUUUAUGAACAAAAUAUUUCUUAUGCAUUGAUUUUUAUUGUCACAAUAUUUCUAUGAUUAUAGAUUUUCAUUUCUAAGCUUGAAUUAGAUUUUGUUUGAGUUUAACAUUACAUCACCAUGCAAUUGUAUUUUUGAUAAUUUUUUUUUAUUGAACGUUUUGCUGCAUUUUGCUUCACAAUUUUUAUUGAUAUUUAGGUACUAGCUUAUUUGAAUUUCCUUCUGCUUUUAGACCAAGCAUUCAUCAAAUUGAUAGAUUUGUUUUUGAAUAAUGUUUAGAAUCUUUGAUCCAAUGAGCUUCUUUUAUUGUUUUUCAUUCAGUACUUCGGCUUAAGUGUUCAUUUGUAAAGCAGUAUAUCAAUUAAUAUUUGUUUUUUUAUAUAAGAAAUUAUUGAAAACUUUUUGUGCCAAGAGCUUUAUACACACAUGCCAUAUUACAAAGUUAGUGCUAGUUUCCAUUUCAUUUAAUUUGAUAUUAAUCUAUCAAUUUUUUCAAUGUUAUUUUCAUAAUGAUUUUGAAUUCCAGCUCAGAUUCUAUAAAAUCAUUGAUUACAGUUCAGGUUACAUUUAAGAAAUCAAGCCACAAUC